GAAGAAAGAGAACGAAGGAGAGGAGACAGAGCUCAUAAUUGUCUACAGGAUGAACCAGUCCAGCCAGGACCAGAGUGGAGUGGGGACAGCAGACCCUGAUCAGGACUCUCCCAACGACAUCGUCUACAGAAAGAUUGAGGAGAUAGUGACUCGUAUCCAGGAUGAGACUGAGGGCGUUCCCGUCAGGACUGUCAAGAGCUUCCUGACCAAGAUACCCAGCGUCGUCACAGGUGCAGACAUAGUGCAGUGGCUGAUGAAGAACCUAGCCAUUGAAGAUCCAGCUGAGGCCAUCCACAUCGGGAGUCUGAUUGCUGCUCAGGGAUAUCUCUUCCCCAUCUCUGAUCACGUUCUGUCACUCAAAGACGAUGGAACCUUCUAUCGCUUCCAGGCUCCAUAUUUCUGGCCUUCUAACUGCUGGGAGCCAGAGAACACAGACUAUGCUAUCUAUCUGUGCAAGAGGACCAUGCAGAACAAGACUCGUCUGGAGCUGGCUGAUUAUGAGGCGGAGAACCUAGCCAGACUACAGAGAGCCUUCACUAGGAAGUGGGAGUUUGUCUUCAUGCAGGCCGAGGCUCAGGUCAAGAUCGACACGAAAAAGGAUAGAAUUGAGAGGAAGAUUCUAGACAGUCAAGAAAGAGCUUUCUGGGAUGUCCACAGGCCUGUGCCAGGUUGUGUGAACGUCACAGAGAUGGACAUCAGGAAAUGCAGACGCAUGAAGAACCCACAGAGAGUCAAGAAGUCAGUGUAUGGACUGAUAGAGGAGGGUCAGUCACAGAGCCCGGUACACAGACCCUCACAGCUAGCCAGGAAAGGCACCAAAGAGGACGUGGAGAAAGAGAUUGUGUUUCUUAACAGCCAGUUGGACCGACACUGUAUAAAGGUUUCAAAAGUCGCUGAGAGUCUGAUGACCUACACUGAGCAGUACCAGGAGUAUGACCCAUUUGUGGUGUCACCAGAACCCUCCAACCCCUGGACCAGUGACGACCUCUCAUUCUGGGACCUGGAGGUCAGUAAGGAGCCCAGUCAACAGAGAGUGAGGAAGUGGGGUUUUUCUCUAGAAGAAGCUCUGAAGGAUCCGGCAGGUCGCGACCAGUUCCUCAAGUUCCUGGAAUCAGAGUUCAGCUCAGAGAACCUACAGUUUUGGUUGGCUGUCCAAGAUCUGAAGAGGCAGCCUCUGGAGAACGUGGCAGAACGGGCUCAGGAGAUCUGGACAGAGUUUCUGGCAGAAGGCGCUACCAGCUCCAUCAACCUGGACUCACACAGCUACGAACGCACCAGCGCCAACCUAAAAGACCCGGGACGAUACAGCUACGAAGACGCUCAGGACCACAUCUAUAAACUGAUGAAGAGUGACAGCUACACACGGUACCUCCGCUCCAACGCUUACCAGAACCUUCUGAUGGCCAGGAAGAAGCCUGAGACGGAGCAAGCAGCAGGGAAGACGCACCUCUCUGGAGAAGUUUACACGCAGCGUGUCUCCCUGGUGAGAAUGUCGUCAGAGAGGAGACUCUUGGUGUAUGAUCACUGA